AUGGACUUUAACACUUCAAAAGAAAACGACUUUCUCGUUGAUCUUGAGAGUGGUGGUGAGACAAGUUGCGAAGAGGAGAUAAGCAAUGAACCUGCUUUAGACAGCAGGCAAGCUGAGAAUAUGUUCACUAGCCUUUUUAGUGGGGUUUUGGGUUUUAAUGGAUCCGAUAAGGGGGAAUGUAGUGUGAGCUUGUAUAGUAAUUUGAGAAAGUCCAGUGACAUUCCACGGGAGAAUGUAAAAUUGAUAAUAGACAGGAGUUCAAGAGGAGGACAGAGUGGCGAGCAAGUGCCUCUUGCAGAGCAGAAAAUUGUGAAAGAGAAACGGAAAACAACAAACCCUAAAAAGGCUCACAAGCCACCACGACCUCCCAAAGGGCCAUCUUUGGAUGCCACUGACAUAAAGUUCGUCAAAGAGAUCUCUGAGCUUGCCAUAAAGAAGCGUGCAAGGAUUGAACGAAUGAAAUUAUUGAAGAAGACUAAAGCAACCAAAUCAUCGUCAUCAUCGAACAGCGCCAUAUCUGCUAUGGUCGUCACGCUUCUCUUCUGUCUUGUACUAAUCUUCCAAGAUACGUUAUAUGUAAUGCUCACAAGGCUGCAACUAGCCAGUCCGAGUGGUCACUUCUGGUGUGUUGAAACUUGUCCUGGUAGCUCACAGGUUGUUGUGCUGUAG